GAAAGCGGUUUUUGUUAUCUCACAAACUAUUCAAGAAUUAUUUUUACACUGGGGAGUAAGUUUCCUAGAAGGUGAUGGAGAGGAAGCAGUUUUGCAGUGUUAUCAGUGGGGAGGAAGCAGAUAAGAGUGUGGGGGAGUAUGUCCUGUGGCUUUUAGCUUGUGUCCUGUUAAGAUCAUGGAGUGGUUGUUUAUACAUCUGGUCCUGCUCACCAUCCUUCUAGCUAUUAACCAAGUAAUAUUUGGAUUGAGAGACAGUCUCAAGUGUCCAGUGAGGGUGUUGAGGGGAGGGCGAGUACAACUCCGCAGCAAAGGACGAGUGGCCAAGUACGUGUGUCUGCGUAGAUAUCAGGUCCUGGGAGACAAAUACUCUGCGUGUGUCCGUGGCAAAUGGGACACUCCACUACCUGUGUGCAUCAGCAGUGGAUGUAUGCCAGUGGAUGUACCUCAUGGUCAGGUGCUAGAGACAUACCGAGGGGCGUUGUUGACUGUGCACUGCGACCCCGGCUACACUCUCAUUGGCUCUCAGAGUAUCUACUGCAACGGGGCCGUGUGGAACGACACUGCACCUACCUGCAGAGAGGAUCAAGUGACAGCCCAGAAGUGGUGUGACUUUGAGAGUGAGGACUUGUGUGGUUGGACUCACGACCAAAACCAUGACUUUGACUGGAGAAGACACAACUUUGCCACACCCUCUGGUCACGUGGGCACUGGGCCGUCCUUUGACCACACUCUGGGCCCUGGCUUGAAUGGCCACUACAUGUACCUGGAAGUGUCAAGUCCUCGACUACAGAAUGACACUGCAAGGUUGUUUUCUCCUGUGUUCAACGCUAUCUCUGAUCCUGGAGCAUGCUUUAUAUUUUGGUAUCACAUGUAUGGCAGCUCAACAGGAACUCUUAAUGUUUAUCUUCACAAGCAGGACACAGUUCUGCUAUUCAACAAGUCUGGAGACCAAGGAAAUCAAUGGCUGCAAGCUGUAAUUCCUCUUCCUGAAACCUCCUCCAGUUUUCAGAUAGUGAUGGAAGGAGUGAGAGGAGCUAGCUAUGAUGGUGACAUUGCUAUCGAUGAUGUCAAACUAGCAGAGGGAGCAGAAUGUGCCGUGUCAUUAAACAUCACACCAGCUGGUGAUACUGAGACUACUACUGAAGAUGUCCACAGCAGCUGUGAAGGUCGCUGCUUUCUAGCUGCAAGAGAGCCUUCAAUGUGUGAGUGCACACAAGACUGCAUCAGCAACAACACUUGCUGUCCUGACUAUGUGCACAAGUGUGCAGCAGGUACCCCAGAUGUAACAACUGAGAGUGAAAUAACCAAGGUACAACCUAACAUAUCCACUGAAGCAAUCAAGACUAAUUCCAAAAUUGAAACCUCCAUCGUUAUGCAUACAACCACGCCUAACUUACCUACUACAACUAAGAACAAUUCCGCCACUUCCAUUCCUGAUUAUCCAACUUCAUAUAAACCACUAAUUUCUAAAGUUACUUCUGAAACACACCAAAAUGAAUCAGCUUCUUUUAACAUAACACCAUCAACAAAAAGCCCAUUCACAACAGUUGCUAAGCCUCCAAUAAUUGUCUUACCAACCACUAUCAAUUUACCAGUUACAAGCCAAACUGAAGCAAAGCUGAAUACUACUUCCAGAGUAUCAACAACAUUUUCUUUGCUGCCCAAUAUGACAAAAUCAACAAAUGCAAAAAUGAGUUCAAUUGGAUUUACAACAAAAAGUUCAGUUCAAUUUACUAAGUCAACUAAAAGUCAGGCCAAAACACCGCAGAUAACAUUAAAACCUAAAAUUGAAUUUGUUACCCUCCCUCCACCUAUUGUGUUUAGAAAUCCAAAAACCAUUGGGCCUUUCACAAAGUAUGUAAGAAAUACUACAAUCCCCACUUCAACUCUUGUUACCACUCAAAGUCCUAAGAGGUUUUUUAACCGAACAGAAAAAGUCCCCAAAUCUAAAAAUGAUGUUUUGCAUCCAGUUUGGGUGCGAGAGCCACCUAAAAUGCCAAAGUUGCCCCCUCUAGGUCCAAAACCUACAAAUUUGGCCAACAAAACAACUUCUGUUUCUUACCCGACAACAGCUCUGCCUAACACAACUUCACACCUGACAACAGCUCUACAUAACACAACUCUGAAUCAUCCUCCAACUGAUUCAACAUCAUCUGCAUCUCCCAGGUGGAAAUCAAAAUAUAAACCAAGAGAGGAAGAGCCAGUUCAUGCCGGGUACGCAGUUUCCUCCAGCCCAACCAGUCAGAUGGUUCACAUCAUUGUGUUGGUGUCAGGAGUAUUGGUGAUCCUGAUCAUGGCUCUAGCGACAGUCUGUGUGGUACGAAGGAGAAGGAUCAACCGACGGAGGAUGGAGGAUGAUGAACUUGACAUACAGUUCCUUCCUCCUGAUGAAAUGCUCGACUUCACCCUGGCUAGACCGAGCAUGGAGGACAUUCAGAUGAAGGAAACACGGAGAUAGAUGGAGGAAAGGGUAUUAUUGCACAUUGGCAACUAAAAAUUAUGAGUAAAUUGGAGUGUUUAAUCUGUUUAAAUUUAUGGACUCUUUUUCUUUGUCACUAGUAAAUAGUGUGAAAAAAAACAAAGAAAACAGUUUAUUACAUUUUAAAUUUCUAUUCCAUUUCAUGAACAGCUUUUGUGAUCUGUUUUUGGGUUGUGCUAACUUUACACCUCAUAGCCCAACUGUUAAGAAACUUUGACUAUUGGUUGUUGUGUAAUAAUUAGGUACCGGUACCGGUACUGUAAUUAUAGGUACCGGUACCUAAUUAUUACAGUAUUCAUAUUCUUUUCAAUCAAGAGUUUAUUAUGAUAACUACCAGCAGCCUUAAGACAGAAUAACACUUUUGAUACAGGUUAUAACAAAUAAAUUAAAUGUAAAAAUCUUGAGCUUGUUAACUGAAAAAUAUGAAUACAAAAAUCAUGAGGUGUUCAGUUUAGUUGAAAAGAGUGUGCUCACAAAUGUUUAAGGUAGCAUACUUUCAGUAUAAAACAUACUUUUUUAAUGGCCAUAUGUGUUAUUUUUAUUAUGGCUCAAUAAAGGAGUGAGGAGUCUGUGGUUGAAGUAACUCCUGACUAUGUAGGCCUAUUAUAUUUUAUAUGUAGAAUACAAAGAAGUGAGAGGCCAUUUGAAAAUAUUUAAGUGAUUUGAUAAUACAGUAUAGCAGUUUCAAAAACCUUCUGAAAUAUUAAAAUUAAUAUUUGAAAGAGUUAAAAAGGUUAAGAAUUGUGUCUUGUAUAUUUUUAACAUAUUACAUAUAUGACUGUUGAAUUUUCUCCACGGUAAUUUGUUUAAUUAUUGGGACAUUUGUUGUAAUUGAGUCUAAAUGUGUUGGUAAAGUGAAAAUAACCAAUCUAAAACGUUUUAUGUUUACCAAAUUUAAGAGAGUUUGGUCCUUGGUAAUGCCAUUGGUAAAAAAAUGAUGUUGAAAAUAUUGAAAUAAAAAAAACCAAUGACAUAUAUUUGCACUUGAUUCUUCUGUCUGCAAGCACUUAGUACAACUUUUUAGGACACGUGUUUCAGGUGUCGCCAUUUUCAACUUUUCACUGACUGUUGGUUUGCGGAGGGGUCCUUUCAUUUAGGGUAGGCAAAAACUCCAGAAGGUUUACUGUUAUCGAUUUCGGUGAUUCUAGGUAUGCUGUGUAGCGGCUGGGUGUAUUCCACAAGUUGUUUACAACGGGUUGGCGUAGCAUGUAUUUAACUGAAACCCCUCCUCCAAUAUUGAUUUUCUAAUAAAACCUUAAUUUAUGAUUUUGCUUUUCUUUCGAUUGAAUAAUUUAGUUGAUUUUCACUUAAAAUACUCGUUGAAGACUUUAAACUUGUCUGUACCAAAAACUUUAGAUUGUUGGUUAAGGGGGGGUUUCCGUUUAUUUUUUUUAUACAAAAAUUUCAAAUAUGUCUAGCUUUGGUUUUAUGUCUAAAACUGUUAUUAUCCAUUGUAUUCUCAAUUUUUCCGUUUUCACGAUCUCCUUCAACAAUAAGUGGAGUGAAAUGUGUUUUUGCUGCCAUAAUAUGAGGACCCCCCUGCAAACUAACAGUCAGUGAGUAGGUGAAAAUGGUAACAGCCGAAGCGUAAGUCCUACAAAGUUGUACCAAGUACGAAUAUACACAAUUUGUUCAGCGCCUUACAGAUUUCACCAGAACCCAUCUCUUCAACAAAAUAAUCAAUGGGUUGCAUGUUGUAAUAAUACAACCAUUGUAAAUAGAUUAGCUGUAAGUUACGUUCAUAUUGAAUGAUAACAUCUAUUAAAUUUGCUUUUGGUGACUUGUGUUGUAAUUAGUUAAU